GACUUGUGUAAUUGUGUAACUCCCGUUCUCCAGUGUAAACCCCUUCUGACAGUCAGCGAGACGGAUUAUGGUCUAAACCUCUGUGCCCAGCGUUGAGACGUAUUCGGUUGUCCUUUAAAGUAGGGUUAGCCCGACGACGCGACUUGAGCAAGAGCGGUAUAAAGCGCGACAUACUGCUAUUCUCGCAUAGAGAUCUCGCGCAAGCCGCACCCUGUCGUGCCAACCCUACUGAACACUAUAUUUGACUUCCUGUCUUUCAGACCAAGAAACGAUAUGUAGGCUAUAUGUACGAGAGUCCCGAUCAAGAGAAACCUGUAUACGAAGCGAAAGGAAUUGAAACCGUGAGGCGCGAUGGCUGCCCAGCUGGAGUCAAGAUUCUGCAACGUUCCCUCAUCGAGCUAUUUUCCCACGGCGACAUGUCGCGUGUAAAGCGCAUGGUAAUGUCGACUCUAUGCAAGUUGGCCGACGGCUCACUGCCACCGCAGGACCUUUUCUUCACGAGGGAAUAUCACGGUCCUGCUGGGUACAGGCCUGGGGCCGCUGCUCCACCUAAUGAGAUAGCCAAACGAAUAGCUUCCCGCGAUCGUAGAGCGGUUCCUCGCUCCGGCGAACGUGUAGCGUGGCAAGUAUGUGCGGGACCCCCCGGGGCCCCGUUAGUCAAACUUGCUAGGACCCCAGAAGAGUUAGUGGCCGAUAGUGGACUGACCCCCCACGUGUCGUACUAUGCACUUAGGGUGCUAUUGCCGCCGCUGCAUAGAUGUUUGUCGCUCCUUGGCGUCAACGUGUUUAAAUGGUGGGCUGAAGUAGGGCACACGCGCGAGGCCGUCCAAAAGCAGACCCGAGGAGGUAUCGCGCGGUACAUGUGGCGCAGGCGCUGCGCCCUGUGCGGCGCGCCGGGCGUGCAGGCGCUGUGCGCCGCCUGCGCGGGGAGGGGCGGCGGGCGGACCGCCAUCGCCGCGCUGAUGACUCGCUGUAGCCACGCCGAUACUUGCGUCGCUUCUUGUCAUAUGAUCUGCAAUUCGUGCUGUGGUCACACUUAUUCUCAGUGUUGCAACAAUACGGAAUGUCCCGUUCUUUGGCGGCGGCUGACCGCGCAGCACCGUUUCACCGACGUGCAGCAACUAAUACACAAUCUACCUGAAUAUUUUCACCAACAAAUAGAUUUUUAA